AUCAUUCUGGCUGCCAUGGAUGAUGCUGAAGAUUCCGCCGACGCCAGCGAAGCUAGCCCUUCUACCGCUGUCACUGAAGCUGAAGCUGCCAACUCCGUGCACCCUCGCGCGAGGAAACGAAAACGCUAUCUGGAGCCGGGGCAACUUUGUGUAGUUCCGCGAACCACGCUGCGAUAUCAAGACAUAAAUCUGAAGCAGCGUGCAAGCGGAACAAACACCGUCAGUGACUUGCUGCGGACCUCGAGCAACAAGUGCUGCGACCCACAGCACGGAUCGCAUAUAGCUGCCGCCACAUCUCGCGACGAGACGGAAAAUGAUACCGCAGUGUGCAACUCUUCGGGAGACUCGCAAAGUGAGACUGCUCUUUUUGGCAGUGAAUCAGAAAAUAGCAGUGACAGCAGAAUACGUCACGACCCCAGCAGCGACGCGCAUGCUUUCGAAACUAGUGGUGAAUGCAAUGACGACGCUGAUGCUGAAAGCGCGCAACAAGGUGACGCAGAAGAAUUCUGCAAUAUGUUUUCUGAUGAACGCCUCCCAAACGUCGAUUUGACUGUCAGAGACGCCAUGCUCAUUUUAAUGGCCUAUUCUGCAUCCGUCGGCCUGAACUGGGUGCAUAUGGAAAAGUUAGUUUCAGUAAUUAAUCUUUUUUUGGGCAAGUCUGUGCUGCCCACGUCGCAGUAUCUUAUCCGUAAGGUAUGGAAGAAGUGGAAAGAAGACAUGCUCACAGACCACUUCUACUGUGAGCAUUGUGGGAAAAUUGUCCCUAAUGAAGAAGGUGCAAAAGAGUACAGCUGCCCAUCUUGCAAUGCUAACAGUUCAAGCAAUGUGUUCACGACUGUGAGCAUAAAAAAACAGAUAGAGGUGCACCUCUCCGACCCAAAGGUGGCAAAUGCCCUUCUAAACUCAUUGAAGAAGGUGCAGGCAGACAGUGCCUCCCAGAGCAGCAAUGUCCCAUUGAGGGACGUCAGUGAUGGAAGGCUUUACAAGCACCUGAGGAAGGACGCAUCUUGGUGGGACCUCUCCCUUACUUUUAACACCGAUGGUGCCAGAGUAUUCAAGAGCAGCAAAUGCACACUGUGGCCUAUACAGGCAGUUAUAAAUGAACUUCCUGUCGCAGUGCGGUGGAGCCAUGUCUUACUCUGUGGACUUUAUUUCGGAAAGGGCCACCCGAAAAUGCAGCCAUUUCUUCAAGUAUUUGCCGACGCCAUCAAUGAGCCAGUAACGGUAAACUGGGAAUGUGAUGGAAAAGUUUUCAAGUCCAGAAUACGGGCAAUCUGCUGUUGUGUUGACGCUCCUGCAAGGGCUGCUGUGCUCAACAUGAAGCAGUUCAAUGGGUACUACGGAUGCAGCUACUGCCACCAUAAGGGUGCCCUUGUUGGUCGCACUGUGAAGUACCCAGUCAGUGGAGCACUGCCAACAGCACGGACAGACAGCACCGUAAGAAAGGACAUGCAGCUUGCAGCAUCAACUGGAGGGCUGUCUCACGGAUUCAAAGGGUACUCUCCUCUUGCCCGCCUGCAUAACUUUGACCUUGUCUGGAGUGUUUCUCCUGACUAUAUGCACUGCGUCCUGGAAGGAGUUUGUAAGCAGCUGGCCGAGGCCUGGUUUGGAGCACCAAGAUCUGCUGCAUAUAUUGGUGAGCCCUCUACUGUGCGACAGGUGAACUUCAGGCUUCUUGGCAUGACACCACCACAGUGGGUAACAAGACUACCACGUGCUAUUGAGGAGAGAGCACUUUGGAAAGCUAGCGAGUGGAAGUGGUGGCUUCUCUUCUACGCUGUGCCAUGCCUGGAUGGCAUUUUGCCUGAUACGUAUCAUGAGCAUCUGUCUUUACUUGUGUCUUCUGUUUAUCUUCUACUGAAGGAUGCUGUUGUCAAGGAAGAUGUCUGCAAAGCUAUGGACGGCAUUUCAAGCUUUGUUAUCCGCGCUCAGGAGCUCUACAGUGAAGCAGCAAUGACGUUUAACGUACAUCAAUUGCUGCACCUUCCAAAUAGCGUUUUGGAGCUGGGUCCCUUGUGGUCACACUCAACAUUCAUUUUUGAGUCGGGCAAUGGGUUUUUACUGCGACUCAUAUCUGAUGCAAAUGGUGUCCCUAAGCAAGUUCUUGAGCGCUUUGUAAUGAAAGCUCAAAUUGCAAAGCUUGCAAAUACACUUCAACUUAGUGAAUGUGCAAAAGUGCUGUGCAAAGAGUUGAUGCCACCACCUGCAGCUGCUGAUGAUAACAUGGGACCCAGGCUGCUUGGAAAGGGAAUAGUGUUGGAAACACUUGAACAGGACGAACAGGUAGCUUGUAUUCAACGACUUGGCUAUGUACCCAAUUCAGUGACAAGCUACCAACGUGCGGAGGUCCACAGCCAGCGCAUUCAUGCUACAAAUUACAGGCGUGCCAAAAAGACUAGCAACUGUGUCUUCAGCAGCAUAGACGGACAACAUUAUGCCUUGGUAAAAGCCUUACAGCUGUUGGACGGCACUUGUGUUUUGAUAUGCACACGCAUGGACUGUCAAAUGUAUAAAAAUUUGCCUCACAUGUAUGUGUGUAAACAAGCAGCUCAAAAGGUAGUGCUUUUUCCACAUGAAGUUAACAGAGUUUCUGUUUUAUUGACAGUUGGCAGUCAGCAGUUUGUGGCGGAUAUGCCGAAUAUGUGGGAACGGGAUUGAAGAGAAGUGUUUUGUAAAGGGUUGGUCUAGUAGCAAACUAAGGAAAUGCUUUCAUUUAUUUCUGUAGUGCUUUUACAAUUCACAUGU